CUGUUCCACUGUCUCCCUUAGGAGAGAUGGCACCGGUCAGAGCAGGAUGCUGCCCCUUGCUGCUGCUGCUUCUGGGGCUGUGGGUGGCAGAGAUCCCAGUCAGUGCCAAGUCCAAGGACGUGACCUCAUCUCAGUGGUUUAAAACUCAGCAUGUGCAGCCCAGCCCUGAAGCAUGCUACUGAGCCAUGAGCAACAUCAGUAAGUACACAGAAUGGUGCAAAGACCUCAACACCUUCCUGCAUGAGCCCUUCUCCGGUGUGGCCACCACCUGCCAGACCCCCAACAUAGCCUGCAAGAAUCGCCAUAAAAACUGCCCCCAGAGCAGCGGGCCCGUGUCCCUGACCAUGUGUGAGCUCACUUCAGGGAAGUACCCAAACUGCAGGUACAAAAAGAAGCACCUGAACGCACCUUACAUAGUGGCCUGUGACCCUCCACAACAGGGUGACCCAGGGUACCCACUUGCUGUGCACUUGGAUAAAGUUGUCUAA